UGCUAGGUCAUACUAGCAGUGCUGAAAAAUCAUGGCUCCGAAUUGGGAAAGAUACGAUAGGGGAUCAAAAAAGAUCUGAUGGCAGCUUUGCCUCAGAUGACCUUUCAGACAGAUUCUACCUCAGAAAGCAAUGAUCAGAAGUUGCACCUCCCGGACAAGCAGAUACGGCGCUUGAGAACGAAGGAGGACUGGAUUAGAAAAGGGUUAUCUCAGGGAAUACCAGUACAUGCAAAAAGAUUACGGAAAUUCGGACAGACCACGUAGUUAUGCAGACUCGACUUCUGCAAUCAGUAGCGAACGAAAACCAAACACAGUGACAAUGGAUCAAUCUGGUGAUUACCCUCGUUCUCCAAACAGUAGCUCAGACACAAACUCUCCAAAUCCUACCUCGAACAUACCGACCUGCAUCGUGGCUCCAACAUCAAGCAACACGGAUAAAGACCCGACAAGUGAUGGCUCCAACCCUUAUAUACCGACCAGAAAACAGCGAGAAUUCAUCCCAGAGAAUAGGAAAGAUGAUCAUUACUGGGAGAAAAGAAGAAAAAACAACGAAGCUGCGAGAAAAUCUAGAGAGAAACGAAGAUUUCAUGACGUGGUUUUAGAAAAUAGGAUAAUGGAAUUAACACGAGAAAAUUGUCAGAUUAGGAACGAAUUGUUUGCCAUCAAGAAGCACUUUGGCAUACCUCUUAACGAAACAUUCGAUAUCAAUGAAGACAACAAAACAACUGCCACCAAAAGUAAGGAACGAUCGCUAUCGCCUGUGUCAAAUCAUCACACGAACGCUUCUAUGAGUUACUUGGCAGCAGCUAGAGCGAGUGGAUCCAUUCUUCAUGGGUCUCAACCACCAACCAUGGUGCCCAUGCAAUCAUCCAUUCCGCUACCGAUCUCUUUACAAGGAAACUACAAUUCUAAAGGACCAAUGUCAUACUUUAUAGCAGCAGUGCCAUCGUCUGGAGCCCCAGAAAAUUAUCAAGGUCAAUUAUCAUCUAAUUCAAUUGGUUCAUCUCAUAUGCAAGAAAAACUCUUGCAGCACAGCCCUAAGUCAUCAAAUGUUGAGGAUUUAGUUAUCAAUAGAAGACAAAUGUAUCUCUCAGGGGAAUCAAAUGAAACUCAGGGUCGUCAACUUCACUCCUCUCAAUCUACCUCACUUCCUUCACAAUAUUCACUAUCAAAUACGUCAGCAAACAUUCAAGCAGCAGCAGCAGAAUCUAAUCCAUCGUCUGUAAAGGAGGAAAAUAUCCUUCCUACAGAUUACACCUCAGAUGAUCAUACCCAGGAUGAACCUUUAUCACUGACCGUGCGAAAACGCGGCGACAGUUUCUCAGGAAAUGAAAGUUCUGUAUCUUAUUCUUCUCCAGAUAGCCCUGUCUCACAAAGUCCACCAACGAUGGCAUUACCACAUAAACUACGACAUAAAGUACCAAUGGACUUCGGUGCCGCAUUCCAAAGUGCUGCCUUUGGUCCCAUGGUGAAUGGACUGACACAACUAUCUGAAAUAGCUCUUGCGCAGUCUGGUCCACUGCCCCUUGUAAAGAAAUCCAAACUGGAAGAUUCGGAUUUGUCUCCAAGAAGUGGUAGAAUGAAUCAGAGGUCGUUAAUCGACCCGAAAUACGCCGAAAGACGGCGUCGGAACAACGAAGCUGCACGAAGAUGUCGCGAGAAUAGAAAAAGUAUAACAAGAAUGAGAGAAGCCAAGUCAGAUUACCUGGAAACCGAGAAUGGAAAACUCCGACAUGAACUGGACACUUUACAGGACGAGAUGAAGCAACUGAAAGACAUGAUAGAUAGAAAAAAGACCUUAAAAUCAGAACCACAAGAGGAUGAAAAUAUGGGGAACGACAAGUAAAGCAUAUCUGGCUAGUGUUUAAAUAAAACGGGUAAAUUAAUGAAGAGACAAGUGAUCAAUUAUUUCAUGUAAAUUUCCUUUAUUGAUAUUUACCUGAACUUUACAGACUCAAUGAUACGUAUGUUGGCCUUGUUUUUUUUUCUUUUUGUUAAUAUUUUCGACCAUACUUUUAUUUGUAUGAAAAUUUGAAUUACUGUUAUCCGUGGUGUACUGUGCAAAUUAUCGAUAAAAAUGGUUAUGUAAGCUUUGAGUAAAGUGUGUCAUAAUGUCCUCGAUAAACCAGCAGGCUCUUGGAACGGACAUGUGUUUUGCGGGUAUGAAAUAUGUAAAUCAUCGUUCUUAACUAUUGUUUUCAGGACAUGCUACGUUAAUUCUACAGACAAGUAGAUAAGAGUAAAUCAGUGUUAUUUAUCUGUCGGGUUAACACGAACAUGACCUACCUCUGAUGUCCCGGGUCCAAUUGUUUUUCUAGUGCUGUAGAAUUAUGUUUGAUUGAAAUCAGGUCUUUGUAUUACGGGUGUAGAGUUGUACAUAUAUUUUUGACAGAUGCUAGUAUGUUUUGUGUGUUUAUGUGUGGCUUUGUUUAGAUGGUUUUUGGAUUAUUUGUGGGCGGCAAGGCUUUGAAAUAUUAUGUAGAAAUGUACUUUUUGUAUUUUUAAAAAAUAUCUAAAGCUUUGAUUCCCAUCGAAACGUGUGAAUCAAUGCCGAUAAGAAAACUUCAAAUUUCGCAAAAAUAAUAAUUUGGAUAUCGCAUUUGAAGUUGAAAAAGAAAUAGUUAGUUUUAAAGGUAAAACGUUUUAAACUUGUAGUUAAUAUGGAGGAUUAAUAUUAGUUUUUCCUACUGUGUAGACAUUUACUUUGUGUUUGUUUGCUGUGUUAAGACCUCCUUCUGUAUUUAACAUAGAGGCAGUUUUAUACAAUCAUCGGGAUACAUAUUAUGAGAUGGUCAUUUUCGUAACAAAGUGCUAACAAUCAUGUGCCAUAUAUAGAACUGUCUGCCAUAUUUCAGAAAGUAUAACUAUUCCCUACGGUAGUAGGGUAUGUAUUUUUGUAUUUUAUUACCUCAAGAUGAAACUGGUAUCCUUGUAAUUGAUAUUUAUUGUUUUUUUCUUACUGGCAAUUCGUUGUGUUUUAAAAGAAGAAUACUUUUAUUGGGGUAUAAAAGGGAUGUGGAUUAUCAUAUAAUGUACACUUAAAGUCUAAAUUUGGUUUCAGAUAAUUGAAUAUAAUAACAUGCUAUUUUAUUUUCUACCAUUUGACAAGAUCCAUUCAUUUUCCGAGCUUUUAUAAUAAUAAUAAUAAUAAUAAUAAUUUAAAUGUUCAUUUUUAAUGAUUAAGAUUGUAUUCCCCUAAAUUCAGUUGAUA